UGUGCACAUAUAAGGUUUAUAAAUAAAUAGUCCCAUACUGGAGAUCUAGGUACAAUAAUUUUGUUUGUUUAUUUUUAAUAAAUAGAUAUAAUCAUAAAAUUCCAGGCACGGUGUUCUAAAAACAUGGAAGCAAGCAUAGUGGCGUGGUUCUUAAUCCUUCAUUUUGUGACAGAUCUCAUGGGAAAAUUCUUAAAAUUACUUUGCCAGUGAAAUUGCAAACAUCCUAAUUUGAGCACAUGUAAAUAUCAGUGGAAGGAGCUUUGGAUCAGGUCAGACUUUUGGUUUUUGGUUCUAUGUCUGGUAGUUAUUCAUGGUAAGGCUUUGGGCAAGUCCCCUAACGUUCUUGAUUUCAGUUCCCAAAUUAGCAUAGUAAAACCUGAGAUAAUUCACAUUAUCAUCACAUAGAAUGAGAGUGGUUAAGUGUGACAUACACAGACCACAGGAAGUUAGUCAUUUGUGCAUCUUGGGCAACCUUGCAGUCUUCUUAGGCAAAAUAUCUAUGUUCCUUGGUCUUUGCCUUUGUUGGGUCUUCCCCUUCUCACCCCACCCAUUUGUCAUAAUUACUUUCUGUCCUUUCCUAGUGUUCUUUUGACAGCAGACUUUCAACAUUAAGGGUCAUUGUCGAAGGUCAAGUUGGUCAGGGAGGAGUCCCUGGGAUGCCACCGCCACUGUUGCAAUGUAGCCCUGUCACCUUCCAGGCGCUCUUCAUGUUAGAACACAGAGUUCGUCAUGUGUCGUUCAGUGGCGGUAACCUUGUAGCUGUCAGAAAAUGGCAGUUUGCUCUGAUUCCUGGCCACUUUGUGGAAGCCGUGGAGCCACUUGACUGGGCAUCUUAAUGGUUUCUGUUUGAUAAGCUGUCUGCCCCCUCCCCACAACUGGCAUUCGGGUGAGUUCAAGGCCCUAAUCCAGUAGUACAGUGGAACUCACACCACCCUGAUCUCGGAAAGAUGGUGUCACAGUCUACAGGCCGACACGAUUCUCCAGUGGACUCAUGGGACAGGGACAACAAUGACCCUGGUGACACUGAUGUUUCCCCCAGCCUCCUGGACACUGACCAGCCUCCUUGCCACUCAGACGUCAGAUUCAUAAGGCACAAAGCUGCCUGGAUUAACCCCCAGUGUGAGCAACAACAGUCUCAGGAUUCGCCCCCUCGGGUGCCAACAGUGAGGAAGAGUGGGAACCACUUUGGAGAGGACACCGCCUUGCCCCUCAACCCCUCACCAUUGUUUCUCGGGGACUCCAUGGUGGAGACAUCACUGUCAAAGGAUACCGCAGACUCUGCCCAGGGCUCAGGGGACAAGAGCAGCGACCCCUCUUUUACCUCAGUGGAAGAGCAGGCGGUGUUCCUAGGACACUCUCCUCAGAUGUCUUUGUUCACAAGCUCCUCUCCUUGUCCUGAAGUGGACCGUGCUUUUCUGCAGCCUUCCCAACUGACAGCUUCCACGGAUGAAGGUGCCGUUCAAGUCAGCAGAAGAACCACUUCUUUGAAUUCCUUCUCUCCGGAGGCAUUCCUGCUCCCUGUCGAUGUCGAAAAGGAAAAUGCCCACUUCUAUGUUGCAGAUAUGAUUAUAGCAGCAAUGGAGAAAAUUAAGUGUACGAUCCUGAGUCAACAGCACACAGAGCCUUGGGGUGUGGAAGAAGCCAGUGGGGUGCUCGGGAAUGACCAAGCUGACUCCGAAGUCACGUUUUAUACCAACACAAAGCAAGAAUCUGGGUCUUCCAAUUCUUCUGACAGCGGCUAUGAAGGUUAUGCUGUGUUACAGGGCAGCCCAGUGGCCGGAACGCCCACUCACUCUGAUGUGCUGACAGAAGCCUGUAAAUGUGACUUUGAGGACUUUGUUAUCAUAGAACUUGGUGAGUUUAGCAAUAUCACAGAAACCUGUGGGUGUUCCUGCAGCUCCUCAAAGAGUGUCAUUUAUGAGCCAGACUUCAAUUCUGCUGAGCUAAUAGCCAAGGAGCUGUACCGAGCAUUCCAGAAGAGCUGGCUGUUGUCAGACGUUAAUCAGCAGCCUGCAGGCCCUCUAAAUGCAGCUGGCUCGGUAGUAGUGAAUGAAGAGCGCGUCCGGAAAGACUUUGAAUCCAGUGUGGAUGUCGUUCAGGAAAUUACCCUUAAGUCGAGGAUCCGAGGGGCUGAAGACUGGGAGCCCCCCAGAUUUCAAAUCGUAGUUAAUGUUCACCCACCACUGAAGAAGGAACUCGUGGUAGCAACCCAGAAUUUUUUGUGUGCUGGCUGUGGAACUCCAAUAGAACCUAAGUUUGUGAAGCGGCUCCGGUACUGUGACUACCUGGGCAAGUACUUCUGUGACUGCUGCCACAUCUACGCAGAGAGCUGCAUCCCUGCGCGGAUCCUGACCACGUGGGACUUCAGGAAGUACUACGUCAGCAAUUUCUCCAAACGGCUGCUGGACGGUCUAGGGCCCCAGCCCGUUUUCAAUUUUCUGAGCAUUGGCCAUGGCCUUUAUGCCAAGGUCAAGGAACUGGACAGAGUGAGGGAAACCCGGGAACAACUUUUUCAUAUCAAGAAGUUGUUGAAGACCUGCAGGUUUGCUGAAAGCGCGCUAAAGGAGUUUGAGCAGGUGCCGAGGCACCUGACUGAUGAGCUCCACCUGUUCUCCCUGGAGGAUCUGGUCAGGGUCAAGAAACGGCUGCUGGUGCCCUUGCUCAAGGACAUUCUAAAAGCUUCCCUCGCGCAUGUGGCCAGCUGUGAGCUGUGUCAAGGAAAGGGCUUCAUCUGUGAAUUUUGCCAGAGUACAGCCGUCAUCUUCCCCUUUCAGACUGAGACGUGUAGAAGAUGUGCAGGGUGCAGAGCGUGCUUUCACAAGCAGUGUUUCCAGUCCUCCGAGUGUCCCCGGUGCGCACGGAUCACAGCUCGGAGGAGACUUUGGCAAAGUUUACCUUCUGCAGCAACAUGAUGCCUGAGUAUUUUGGGAAAGACUGUUCAACAUGCCUUAGAACACCGAUUCCUGUCUAUCAUUGAUCAGAUUGUUGCAGAUGUUGAGUACUGUAUAUUAAGGGAAAAAAGUGGCCAAUAUUGUUUUUUAUUAUAUAUAUUUAAUGUUUUAAAAAGAAUGCACUUUUUUGGGUUAUUAAGCGUAGGUUUAUUACUGGUGGUUUUGUUUACAAAUGUUCAGUGUUUUUGCUGCUGCUGGGUUUUUUUUAUGAGUUUUUUUAUUACUUCUUCAAUCGUAUUUGAGCGGUUGUAUGUAGCUGAUAUUGGAGCCUAUUUUUGUAUGAAUUGUAACUGACAAAUGACUCCAUUUGUCUUUCUCUCAAGCUUGUUUUGUGGAAUGGAUUGGUACUCUCAGUGAACAAAAAUGCAGCCAACUAUCUGUCUACUCCCGGGUUUUUUCCAACUUAAAGUGCCGUUUCGUAAUUAUAUCCGUUUUGUAAUCGUGUUCUAGAUUUUCCUUACUCUAGGGUGGGUAGAGAGAGUACACGUUACUUCCGCAGGUGCACCCAUUUCAAGACGAGCUGGAGCUGCUCAGCGGUGCCUGGAGCUGCUGUCUGAAGCAGGUGCCUGUACGCCGCGCCCUUAUAGACGCACAGACCCGUGCGGCACUUGUCAUCCCUCUUCCGCACACUGAGUCAGGGGUGCGCGGCUGGGUGGAACUUCAUCCCUGCCCUUUAGGAUUUUGUCUCAUCAGUAUAAAACUGAACAUAAGGUAUUUACAGACUUAAAUCGUGGGAAACUACUGUUAAUGAACAAUGUGAUUUUAGUAAUAAUAAAAUCAUAGACAUCAAUUAAAAAGGCGAGGCAAAUCGCUAAACCGUUAUGAAUUUAUUUUUCCUAUAUUCUUUUAUGUAUAUGCUUUCUUGAGACAUGCGAGUCUGUGUUUGUUUGUUUGUUUCCCUUCUACCUUCUGUGUACUCUCGCCUACUUGAGAGGGGUCCUGGGCCCGGGUCCCUUUCCAGCCCAUCUUUGCCCAAACCCCAUCCAGUCAUGUGUGUGUGUGUGUGUGUGUGUGUGUGUGUGUGUGUGUUGUAUUCAGUAGGAUAAUAUCGAGCAAAUGAAAGAAAUGAGUGCUUCUACCAAUCCCACGAAUCUCAUCCUGUCACUUGUUUUCAUAUCCUAGAUGCACCUGGGGCUGGGCUCUCAUUUAUUGUUUAAGCCAGGCCCCUCUCUCUCUCUUUUUAAGAUUUUAUUUAUUUAUUUGAAAGAGAGAGCACAAGCAGGGCGAGUGGCAGAGAGAGGGAGAAGCAGGCUCCCCACUGAGCAGGGAGCCUGAUGCAAGGCUCGAUCCUAGGAUCCUGAGAUCAUGACCUGAGCCGAAGGCAGAUGCUUAACCACCUGAGCCACCUAGUCAACCCAAGCCAGGUCUCUUUCCAAUAGAAAUUUAGGUACAUGGGAUAAGAUAAAUAAGAUCAAAUUUAAAGCAGUGUUUUAUUCCUACCUGUAACUUCUAUUCAUUCCUUCUUAGGAAUUCAGAGUCCGAGUGCUCUGUUAAUAAUCCUUAUACCAUCUCCAUAGUUUGUGUCAGCGUCUUCAUUUCACAAGCAAGACAACCGGCUGAGAGAAGAGAAAUGACCUAGGUCCCCAGAGGUGGUGCAGGGGAGAGCUAGCUCUGGCAUUUGAGUCCGCCUGCCUCCGAAGCCCACAUUCCUAGCCCCUACCCACGUGGUACCGUUUUGAGAUAAUAUAGAAGCAAAACCAAUCCGAGCUUGUAAGUGCUGGUCAAACCUUAGCUAGCGCCAUGGGGCCGAGGGCUUUCUCACUCGCGCCCUUGUGUUGAUUUGAGGAACUUUCUGCGGCUUCCUCGUUGCCUGAAGGACUCUGUGUCCAGGCUGCUGUGUUCGCAAGGCACCGGAAUGUGGACGUGUGCGAGACGCAUCUCUGAUGUUGAGGAAGGAGGAGUGCCCAGCAGCUGCCAGGAAGUGAUGCCUUUGAUUUUUUAUUUUGAGGAAGAAUGAGGCAGUAUACAUAGCCACUCUGUGGGUUUGGCUGAGAUUCGGUCCCUCCCCACUGUGGUCACAGAUGUUUCUUCCCAGUGAGGUGCCCGUUAGAACCCAGAAGUGGCCUCAGGGCAUGUGCAGCAGGCCUGUGGGGAAGUGAUCAGUUGUGACAUACAUUGUUCUUUAACGGGCCUGACUCACUGCCCUGGUUUUUCCGUGCAACUCCUUCCUGGCUGCCAGAGGAAGAUGAAGACUUGGUCUUUCUCAUCAGAUUCGUUACGUGCUGUGAGGUAGCAAAUUGCUGUGCGGUGAUCCCAAUGAUCGGUUUUAACUUUACACUGGUCUCUUGGAAAAUUCCAGUAACGUAUCCUUUAUAGUCAUGAUUCACAGCUGCAGGAGGGAGUUAUACUGAGGGAUAUGGAGCGAGGAGGGGUGAGGAGGAGGAGUGAGACAUCUCAGAGAUAUUCUAGUGGGUUGACUUGGGUGAGAAUUAAGGGAUGGAUUCCCAGAUCUGCUGCUUUGAAUUCAUGGGAUUCUGCAAGUUGCUUAAAUGCUCUGUGCGCUCCCGCCUCUGUAAAAUGGGGGGUCAUAAGCAUAUGCAGUUGCCGUGAGGAUUAGACAUGGAAGCACCCAGCAGAGGGCCUGGUACAGCAAUUAUUAAGUGGUAAUAAUUAGGUCAAGACAAAUUAAAAACCGAGUUAUACCAACUAUUUUCUGUGUCUCUCUGAGUAAAUUACUCUGUGUCUCCAUUUAAUAUGCGGAUUAUUGUGGGCUGAAUUGUGUCCCCCUGUGCACCCCCAAAAAAGUUGAAGUUCUCACUCCAGGUAUGUUUGAAUGUGGCCUUAUUUGGAAAUAGGUCGUUGAUGAUGUGAUUAAGAUGAGGUCAUGCUGGAUUGGGGCAAAUCUUGCUCUAAUAACUGGUGUUCUUAUAAGAAAAGGGAAAAUCUGGAUGGAGAUACAGACACAGAAGUCCCAGGGAGAAUGCCUGCCAUGGGGCCAUGAGUCUAUAAGCCAAGGAACAUGGAGGCCUGCAGGCAAGCAGCAGACCCUAGAAGGGAGGCAUGGAGCAGAUUCUCCCUCGAAGCCUCAAGAAGGAACCCCACCCUGCAGACACCUUGACUUCGGACUUCUAACUUCCAAAAUGGUGAAAGAAUAAAUGCUGUUGUCUUAACCA